CAGGCGGCCAUUUUGUGGCGCUUAAGUGCUCGGGGAAGGGCGGCACCUCGCUCAUUUGCUCGUGGCUGCGCGGAGAUGGUGGUGAGCGAAUGAGGCCCUGUCCGCGCGCUUGAGACCCGACCGCAGGUCCCGACACCUGCAGCCCCAACGGAAGAGGCCUUCGGCCGCUACUCCUCACUCCCAGCCCUCUCGUCACGCGCCUUCUUCCCCCUCCCACCCCCGUCACCGCUCCGCUUCUCCGGCGUCACCCCCUCCUCCCUUCCCUUUCCCCCCUUUCCCCUCCCGCUGCUAUGAGUUACGGGCGGCCGCCGCCGGACGUGGAAGGCAUGACCUCGCUGAAGGUAGACAACCUGACUUACCGCACCUCCCCGGACACGCUGCGGCGCGUCUUCGAGAAGUACGGCCGCGUCGGGGACGUCUACAUCCCCCGCGACCGCUACACCAAAGAGAGCCGCGGCUUCGCCUUCGUGCGCUUCCACGACAAGCGCGACGCGGAGGACGCCAUGGACGCUAUGGAUGGGGCCGUGCUCGACGGGCGGGAACUGCGCGUCCAGAUGGCCCGCUACGGGCGGCCGCCCGAUUCCCACCACAGCCGCCGGGGGCCCCCUCCGCGCCGGUACGGCAGCGGAGGCUACGGACGUCGGAGCAGGAGGUGAGUGGGGGGGGGGAGAGAAGGCCCCGCGGCUGCUCCGGAGGCCAAGGCUGGGCGGGUGGAGGGGUGUAUGGAAAGUGGGAUCUUUGGCGUGUGAAGGUAAAGGGAGUGAUUGUUGCGAGUAACUUGAGGUGGCAAACGAAAGGCCUGUGUUCUUUGCGGAUCGCUUUGGCUCAGGUCGGCGGGAAAAUAGCUGGGCCACGUGAUCCCCGAGGGCGAGGGAUCGAAUGGGCGACGCGGAGUUUUCCCCUUUAGGCGUCAUAAACGAGAUCUGGCCGGGAAAUAGCAUUGUGAGUUUCUAGCCGUUAUUCAAUCCGCCCUUUUUCUCCCUUCUCAAUCCUUCCUCUAACCCGCCCGCUCUCCGCAGUCCUAGAAGACGACGUCGCAGCCGGUCCCGAAGCAGGAGCCGCUCCAGGUCCCGAAGCAGAUCGCGGUACAGCCGCUCCAAGUCCAGAUCCCGCACACGAUCCCGGUCUCGUUCCACUUCCAAGUCCAGGUCUGCCAGAAGAUCGAAGUCCAAGUCCUCUUCUGCCUCCAGAUCUCGCUCCCGAUCGAGGUCCAGGUCCAGAUCAAGAAGCCCCCCGCCUGUUUCAAAGAGGGAAUCGAAGUCGAGGUCCCGUUCUAAGAGCCCUCCUAAGUCUCCCGAAGAAGAAGGAGCUGUGUCAUCUUAAGAAUAUGGUAACGUGUCUGGCGGCCUACUGUAUUUGCAUGCUGUAUUGUAGCACUCUAGUGGGUAUUGGGUUCUUGAGACAGGAUUCUAGCGUGAGUAAAUCCUAAUGGGGCAUGUUCGUUUCUGAGGAGGGCAUUUUAGCUUAUGGCUAAUAAAAUAAAAUGCAAUUUUUUACAGAGACUAUAUGUGUUUUGUUGCAAUUAAUAGCUUGCUUUUUAAUAUCUAUUGUUUGAGACGCAACCUAUUUCUGAAAUGACUAUUUCUUACUGUUCUUACCCAACAUCUGCAUUUUCCCCUUUAAAGCUGCGGUCUCCUGUUUGCUUAAAGAAUAUUGGCCAGUAUUGCAGAUUUUAACUGAUUUGGCUGAUCCUCCAGGGACCAGUUUCUGUGGGCGUGUAUUGGAGCAGGUUUGUCUUUAAAUGUUAAAGAUACACUAUCCUGUUAAUGACCAAUCAGUCCUGUGUUUACAAUGCUGAACGGCAUCCAAUAUUUUUAAAAGUGGAAGGUGAAUUGCAAGAGCUAAUGGAAAUCAGUUUUAUCUAAAGUACGAUUGUGGGCUUCUAAGGAUAUGUAGGGUGGGGAAAAUGGAUAGUGUGUCUUUAACCUCCCUCAAAUUGUUUGGUCCUGUUUUUUCAACGGAAGUGGGCCUAGAAUUGUUAAGUUACACAACUAUUUAAUGAUUCUUCAAGGUUUUGAAUAAGAACUAAUGCCUAAUGUGAAUUGGGCUGGAUUCAGGUUAAGGGUACUUCAAUCUUAGCCCGACACUAUGUAACAUCAAUAAUGGAGAUUCAACAGUAUCAAAAAAUUCUCAUGCUGUCUACAUUAGUAUCCAGUAUCAUGGUGGGAGGUGGGCAUUGCACAUUUCUAAAACAGUGAGACAAGGCCAGUAUUACUAGGAAUCUGAGAGCAUCCAUAAAAUAUGGAGGACAUACAAAGGGGUACCUUGCUGAACUAUACCUUUUUCAAACCUAGAUAACGUCAAAAACAUGAGAAACCUACAUAAAGGAAGCCUUGGAGGAAGUACGAUCGUUAGAAUCGCCAGUCCAUUGGAGAGAUCCCGGCACAACCAACCAGCUGUUGAAAAGGUUAUUUUGUAACACUCUGUCUAACUUUUACUUUACUUUUGAGCCUCAAAUGGCAGACUUUUACAUUUAUGUGCCAUUUUGUUGCUAUUAUUCAAAUUUCUUGUAAUUUAGUGAAGUGAACGACUACAGAUUUCAUUAUUGGCUUGGAUAUGUGAGGUAAAAUUUUCAUUUUUGUUCAUGUAGUGCUGAUUUUGCAAAUAAAAGUGAUAACUAACUUGCUUCCUCAAGUUUAUUAAAGAUCUAUGCAGCUGUGAUAUGCUGAAUAGCUUAAUGCUGUCCACAUGCUCAAUUUUUGCCUUUAGUAUCAAAUUCUGAAAUUUUUAAUUCAAAUGCAUUUGCAAAUACUUCGUUGAAAUAGUAUCUACAAGUCAAACGUUAAACUUUACAGCUGACAAUUAUUUUGAACAAUUUGUUUUUAUCAGACAAAAUUCUAAUCUCUUCUCUUAUGUAUUUUUGUGCACUAGGCGCAGUUGUGUAGCAGUUGAGUAAUGCUGGUUAGCUGUUAAGGUGGCGUGUUGCAGUGCAGAGUGCUUGGCUGUUUCCUGUUUUCUCCUGAUUGCUCCUGUAACGAUGCCUUGUCGUGCAGAAACAAAUGGCUGUCCAGUUAAUUAUAAUUGCCUGACAACUGCACUUCCAGUCACCCGGGCCUUGCAUAAAAAUAACGGAGCAUACAGUGAGCACAUCUAGCUGGUGGUAAACACACCUUAUUUUUUUCCAGAAUGGUAAAUUAGACCAUCUACAUAUGUGAACUUGGAUAUAAACAAAUGUAAUGUUAAAAGCAUUUGAUUCAUUCCUCUGUAAGUACUGAUUUGGAGUAUCUCUUACAACAUUCUAUACUAUAACCACUGUGUCUGUAGUUUAAUAAAACACUUACUUGGUGUUCAGUUUUUUGAACUCUUAUAUCCUGACUCUGCUUUGUAUGUUAGAAGCGAACAAAAUCUGUCGUCCUAUUUCAGAACAGUAGCUAAUGUGUAUUAACCUUCAUUUAUAUAUAACAAAUCACAUUUGGAGUACUUUUCCUUUGAAAUUUGUAUGAAUUGUUCCAGAUUUGCAGGAUAGGAGUCAAUAAUGUACCUCUACAGUACACACUAUAUAGUAGAGCACACAGAUGGGAAUAUUGCACAUAAGUCAUUGGAGGUGUUUUCUGGGUAGUGGAUACAUGAAGUAGGAAACUAAACUGACUAAGCAGAAUAUGCUAUCUUAAUGUGAGAAUGGCUGCACUAAAACUUUUAAUAAACAUGCUGUGUACAUUGACAGCUAUGUUGGGGGCAACUGCUACUUCACUGCUGAAUGUCGGGAGAAGACUACUAGGGGGAACCCUUGAAAUGCAAGGAAAAGCACCACCUCAUGGUGCCACAUAACUCCAUUUACUUAAGACCAGGGAUGGCCAAAUGUGUGGCCCUUCAGAUGUUUUGGGACUACAACUCCCAUCAUCCCUAGCUAACAGGACCAGUGGUCAGGGAUGAUGGGAAUGGUAGUCCCAAAACAUCUGGAGGGCCAAGUUUGGCCAUGCCUGUUUAAACAGCAUCUAUUGUAAACUGGCUGAAUGUACAGCUUGCUAGUAUAUCCAACCCAAAUGUGUUAGAGGUAAAUAACUUUUAUUUUAAAACACAUCAAAGCAAACCUCUCUUUUAAACAGUAACAGGAUCCGACUUGGUUGCUUUAUUUGUUGUGAGGAUCAGCAUUUCAAUAGUAUGUCUUCCCGGAAGAGUAGAGCCUGCCAGUUGUUCCUUGUUGGCCUCAAAGGAUUGCAAGGGCACACAGAUGCUUUCCAUUUCCCAUUUGUGAAGCAGUCCUUCAAUAGUCCAGUCAGCACUGAAAGAAACACCAGUCAGCACUUGAAUCUUUCUCAUUUAAUACCUAGGCUUGUGUAAUCGCCAACGUAUUUUAAAACUGGCUCCUCAGUAACGUUACAAGUCACAGAACACCUUGUAAAAAUACAAAAAUGGUAAUAAACUAAUAGUGUGCACAUUUUAGACCAAGGUCAAUCAGUAUGCCCUGUGAAAAUGCUUGAAACAAAAUACCAAAAUUGGAAAUUCACAAGCAUACCUUCUGAUUUGAUGUGUAGUCCAGAACUGAGCAUGUGGAUUCUUUUCCAUUAGGUAGUGCACUGUACUUAUAACAUCUUCAAAGUCUAUGAAAUAACGGAAGUAUUUAAUGCAAUAAUACUGUAAAGUGGUGGCAUUUUACUUUUGUGCCUUUUUUACUUUGGUCUUUAAAAACCUAAGCUGCCAUUUAUUCCAUGUUGGAGAAGGGAUAUAAAUGUGUAGAAGUUUGUAAAUUAUGUGCACUAUAUUUUCCUGUACAAUGGCAUAAACACUGUUAUCAGAAGUAUGUUGUAGUAACAUCUAUUCUAAAAAGCCUCUUCAUAUAGGCUUUGUUCUUUUAGAGUGUGUGGGGCUUUCAUCCAGUUUUGCACAUGAGUUCUGUCUGUUUUUCAGAUCUUGACCAAGUUUCUACAGAAUGGGUAGUGAAUGGGACUGCCAACCGCAUCCUUGGCCCAUGGCUACACUGGCUUAGGCUAAUGGGAGUUGGGGAACCAAAGGUUCCCCACUCUUGCAACUAUAUUAUUUGUUUAUCCAGCUGAAUAAAAGUACAACCAUUGUAUCUGAUUCCCAUUUAAAAAUAAACUCUUCCCAUGUGACAAGUGCAGAAGAAUAUUACACUGUACACACACACACGUGUGUAUCAGGUAGCUUUACAUAGCCUUUACUGGUCUGGACUAAUUUUUUGAAGAAAGUGCAGGUGGAAUAGUCUGCCUCUACCACAUGUCAAUAAAAGGCCACAGUGUAUGUUCCCGU